AAACCCAAAACCCAACCGUCAAAAAUUCAAAAUUCAAAAUCGCGCUCCUCAACACUUCUCCCUUUCCACACCAAUCUCCAUUAUUCCCAACCUUCUCAUUUUUCCUUUCAAUCCAUCAAACACUUUCAAAAUUCAAAUGGGUGCUAAUCACAGCCGUGAAGAUCUGGAUCUAUCCGACUCCGAAUCCGAAUCUGAAUCCGAAUACGGGUCGGAUUCUCGAACCCGAAAAGAAGAAGAAGAUGACUACUACUCAGAUGCCAAAACGACACCGUCUUCCAUUGAUAAACAAAACCCCAAAACCCCAUCUUCUUUAGAUGAUGUUGAAGCUAAGCUCAAAGCCCUAAAACUCAAAUAUAACACAAAUGCAAACAACCCCACAGUUAAAAAUGCCGUUAAACUUUACCUACAUGUUGGUGGUAACACCGCGAAUUCAAAAUGGGUCGUAUCCGAUAAGGUUACGGGUUAUUCCUUUGUCAAAUCGGGUAGUGACGGGUCGGGUGAUGAAAGUGAUGAAAAUGAGGAGAAUGGGUCGGGUUGGUGGGUUUUGAAAAUUGGGUCGAAGGUUAAAGCUAAGAUUGAUGAGAAUUUGCAAUUGAAAGCGUUUAAGGAACAAAAAAGAGUUGAUUUUGUAGCAAAUGGGGUUUGGGCUGUGAAGUUUUUUGGUGAGGAAGAGUAUAAGUCGUUUAUCGAUACGUAUCAGAACUGUUUGUUUGAGAAUACGUAUGGGUUUGAAGCGAAUGAUGAGAAUAGAGUUAAGGUUUACGGUAAGGAUUUUAUGGGUUGGGCGAAACCUGAAAAUGCGGAUGAUUCAAUGUGGGAAGAUGCACGGGAUAGCCCCGUGCCUGAAAAUAAGACGCCUUUAAGACUUAACCAUGAUUUGAGAGAGGAGUUUGAGGAAGCAGCUAAAGGGGGAGCUAUACAGAGUUUAGCAUUAGGUGCAUUGGAUAAUAGUUUUCUUAUAAGCGAUUCGGGGAUUCAGGUUGUGAGGAAUUAUACUCAUGGGAUAAGUGGAAAAGGGGUUUGUGUCAAUUUUGAUAAAGAAAGGUCUAGUGUAGCUCAGUCUACCCCGAGGAAAGCGUUACUUUUAAGAGCUGAGACUAAUAUGCUUCUUAUGAGUCCGGUGACUGAUAAGAAGGCGCAUUCUCGGGGUUUACAUCAGUUUGAUAUUGAGACUGGGAAGGUUGUUACCGAGUGGAAGUUUGAGAAAGAUGGAACUGAUAUCUCGAUGAGGGAUAUUACGAAUGAUAGCAAAGGAGCUCAGAUGGAUCCAUCAGGUUCGACUUUCUUAGGGUUAGAUGAUAACAGGUUGUGUAGGUGGGAUAUGCGUGAUCGACAUGGGAUGGUUCAGAAUUUAGUCGAUGAAAGUACACCUGUGUUGAAUUGGACUCAAGGACAUCAGUUUUCGAGGGGGACUAAUUUUCAGUGCUUUGCUACUACUGGUGAUGGAUCAAUCGUUGUUGGUUCACUUGAUGGAAAGAUUAGGUUGUACUCGAGCAGUUCGAUGAGACAGGCUAAAACUGCUUUUCCAGGGCUUGGUUCUCCUAUUACUCAUGUGGAUGUUACCUAUGAUGGGAAGUGGAUAUUAGGGACAACUGAUACUUAUUUGGUAUUGAUAUGCACCUUGUUUAUUGACAAGAACGGAGCUACUAAGACUGGUUUUGCUGGUCGCAUGGGGAAUAAGAUUUCAGCUCCAAGAUUGUUGAAGCUAAACCCUCUUGAUUCACAUAUGGCUGGGGCUAACAAGUUCCGUGGUGCUCAAUUUUCAUGGGUCACUGAGAAUGGGAAGCAGGAACGCCACCUCGUUGCUACUGUUGGGAAGUUUAGCGUGAUAUGGAAUUUUCAACAGGUGAAGGAUGGUUCUCAUGGGUGUUACCAGAAUCAGGUGGGGUUGAAGAGUUGCUACUGUUACAAGAUAGUUCCAAGAGACGACUCAAUUGUAGAAAGUCGCUUCAUGCAUGACAAAUAUGCUGUUUCUGACUCUCCUGAAGCACCGCUGGUGGUAGCAACUCCCAUGAAAGUUAGCUCAUUCAGCAUAUCUAGCAGGCGUUUACAAAUUUGAAAAAGUUCAUAGAUGCGACUUAUUAGAUAUAUCUGUAGCAGAAUUAGUGUCUCUCGCACUAACUAGCUUGAAAAAUUGCACAUCUGCAACCCAUUUCUAGUUCAAUGUAUUACUCUUAUCUGAAGACCUAAAAGACAGUCUUCCAACUUACUUCUAGGUAUUCCUGGCGACUUUAUUGUUGUUGUAAUAACUAAUAACUGCUCGGUUUAGAUCCAUUUUCAAUGAUUUCAGUUGAUUUGCAUUUUCCUA